AAAAACUGUUAGUGACAGUUGUACUGUUUGAAUUGAAAUUGUAAUAUCACAUUGUCGUGAUAAAGUGCAGAAUCUUGUGAUGGCAUGUUAAUUGUAUUUUAUAAACCAUGGGGGAAAACAAAGAAAAUGUUUCCAAACUGAGUGAGAGUAUAUCAAAGGCGCCUGAUAUACACGAUUUCUGCAUAAUAAAGCCAAUCAGUCGUGGUGCUUUUGGCAAAGUCUUCCUGGGAUCCAAGAAGUCGAAUAUGGAUGUGAUGUAUGCAAUCAAAGUAAUGAAGAAGACUGAAAUGGUGAACAAAAAUAUGGUUUCUCAAGUGGUCAACGAGAGGAAUGCUUUAGCCCUAACGAAAAGUCCAUUCUGUGUGCAGCUGUACUACUCAUUGCAAACCUCCUCUUCAGUAUAUUUGGUUAUGGAGUACAUGGUUGGAGGUGAUUUGAAAUCAUUGCUGAGUGUGUAUGGGUUCUUCGAUGAAUUUAUGGCAUCUUUUUAUGUGGCAGAGGUGUGCUUGGCGUUACAAUAUUUGCACAGUCACAGCAUUAUACACAGAGAUAUUAAGCCAGAUAAUAUGCUUCUCUCUAGAGAUGGUCAUGUGAAACUAACUGAUUUCGGUUUAUCCCGUGUGCAAAUCCACAGAGAUUUAGAAAUUUCUGAUUUCGAGAACUGCACCCCUAAUUUGUGUACACGCACACCUGGACAACUGCUCAGUCUUACAUCUCACUUAAGUUUUGGCUCAGAUUCGAAUUCAGAAAGUACUAAUAAACUGGAAGCAUCUUCAGUUCUCUUUGACCAAAGCACAAAUACACAAGCUGGUAAAUCAGAAACAUGUACCUCUAGUACUAUGCCAAAUAUGAGUGCAUUAAGUGGAAUCAUGCCCUUCCAUUCAGCGGAAGCCAUCACACCAUCAUUGAUAACUGACACCAGUUCUCAAUAUCACACUUGUUCAUACUGCGGCAGCACACAGCAGGACAUCACAGAGACUUCCAAUAUAUCAUGUUCAACGUCGCCUGUGAGCAGAAGGGUGCCAAGCAGGUGUUGCAUUAUGACCUUCAGAGGAGACAGGAAGAGGAAGUAUCGCUCGCCAUCUCCCAACAAGCUGAGAAAAGCGUACGUUAGAACGGGUUUGACGGGGGAGAUGGAGAUAUUGAGGGUCGAUUCUGUAAGCCCACCCAAAGGUGUAACCUUCAGCACUCCCGUUUCCACGCAGAAACCCAACAAAUAUAAGAUAAAAGCUACGAGAUUCGAACUGCCCAAGAACAGUACGAUCGACGAUGAUAAGCAGGUGAACAUUAGUGAAAUAACGAGUCCGAAGACCGGGACAAAUCACUACGUCAGUCCCAUUCAUUUAAAUACAACUCCGAAGACGCCACGUACACCUUACAGAACACCGAAAUCCGUCAGAAGAGGUCAAUGGAGUUCCGAUCAGAGGAUUCUCGGUACACCCGAUUAUUUGGCACCGGAGUUGCUGCUGCGAAAAGGGCAUAAUUACGCCGUCGAUUGGUGGGCUCUGGGAGUCUGCUACUACGAAUUCGUGACCGGAAUUCCGCCCUUCAACGACAUAUCACCGCAGCAAGUGUUCAAGAACAUUCUGGAGCGAAACAUUGAGUGGCCAACCGACGAUGAAGCCCUCUCCGAUAACACGAUGGGCGCCAUCGAGGAGCUCCUCACCUCCGAUCCUGAACUCAGACCGCGGGACAAGGAGGUGAUGAAGAUGCCCGUAUUCUCUUCAAUCGAUUGGGAGAAUCUACUUUCCGUCCAGCCGCCUUUUGUACCAGAUCCGUACGAUCUGACCGACACUGGGUAUUUUCAAGCCCGCAACGAACUCUUGAACUUUAACAUUUCCAAUUUCGAUUUGUAAAUAAUUGUAAUACUAUUAAUAGUCAAAUCGCGAAGAGCGCGAAUAUCUUAAGUAAUUUAUCCGGUCUCCCUAUAUUUUUCUUUCCUCGUUCCUUUUACAUUUAUAUUAGUUCGUAUUUAUUUUCCUACUACGAUCAUUUGAUUUAUUUAUUUCA